GGGAACGUGGAAAGGGACAGAAGGGAGAGCAGCUGGGAAGCUAAAAAAUGAAGAUUGUGAUCCCAGACAGAGGAAGACUCUUGGGACUGUGGAAAACUUCUGAUGGGAUGCUCUAGGGAAGAGCAAAGGUGAGGAAUGGAGGGGAGUUAAUGUCACUCUCCAUCCUGCACAAGAAGAGGUCCAAGCACCAGGGGCUGGGACAGGCUGUGGUGGCAGUCUGGGUAGAUCAGGGUGGCACCACCCAGGGGAGCAGUGCCAGGGGGCAGGGGGUCCCUGACAUUGUCCCCAAACCCCAUCUGGAGAGAGGUAACAAAAGGGAAAGAAGGGAAAGUGGGUAAAGCAGAAGUGCUGUGGUCCCUAUGGGCACUGCUCCCCAGCCAGGGGCUGGAUGGAGCUUCUGGAAACUCUGCACUCCUCUGGUGCCAAGCAAAUGCAGUGGCUCAAGCUCUCCUCACUCGUGGGGCAGCUCAGCUGCUUUGCUUGGCACUCUGACAGAGCAGUAGCCGUUGCACUGUUCAUUGGCAAAGCACUCCUGGGACACCAUGUGCUGUGGAGAUCACCAAAAUGUCAGAGACUUUUCCUUCUCUUGGCUUUUGAGACUAAAUCAGCUCAGCUGUGACCCCCUCCCCUCGGUCCUGUGCUCAUUUCCAGUAGCAUUUCCAACACCCACUCUUGGUUUCAUUUUUUCAGUGGGUGUCCAUAGCCUGGUCUUAAAGGCAAAGAUCACAGAGUGGGAUUCUCUGAACAUUUUCCUUACAAAAUCUGGGCUCCAUGCAGCCUAGAGAAGGGAAUUUGCCUCAUGCCAAAACCCAUCCCCCCAAUACAGCAUGGGUACUCCAACGGGAUUCCAACAUACCUUCCACCUUAAAAACCUCUGUUCAUCCAGGGACGAGUUCACCUCGAGCAGAGCACUGAGCAGGGGCAAGGCAAACACUGACAGCCAAUGAGGACACAGGCUGUCAGCUCUGCAUCUGCCUGUCAGCUGCUGGGUGGGGAUAAAAUGCUCAUUCCUGCCCCAGCCUCCCUCUAGCCCCAGCUCCUGGACGGCACAGAGCUCUCAUGGUGCUCUGGGUGGUUCUCCUCUGCACCUUGGUGUCAUCACUGCUCGGUGGGCUCUAUGUCCUGGGCGUCUUUCGGAGACAGAGACCCAAUGAGCCACCCCUGGACAAAGGUACCAUUCCCUGGCUGGGCCAUCUGCUGGAAUUCAGAAAGGACAGCUCAGAGUUUCUCAAAAGGAUGCAGAGCAAACACGGGGAUGUUUUCACGGUGCUGAUCGGUGGUUAUUACUUCACCUUUGUGAUGGAUCCCUUCUCCUUUGGCACCAUUGUGAAGGAAUCACGAUCUAAACUGGACUUUAGGACUAGUGCCACUCAGCUGGUCGUGCGGGUUUUUGGCUACAAACCCAUCGAAGCCACUCAUAGCAUAGUUCAUACAUCAAGCAUAAAGCACCUGAUGGGAGAUGGCCUCACUGUCCUCACACAAGCCACCAUGGAGAGCUUUCGGAAGCUGCUGCUUUUCAACCUGAGCUCAGGAGAGAAGAGAGGGUGGCAGGAGGAAAACCUCUUCCACUACUGCUACAACAUUGUCUUCAGAGCUGGGUAUCUGGCUCUGUAUGGCACUGAGCCACCCCGAGGGGCAGGGAGCCAGGAGAAAGCUGAAGAGCAGGAUCGCCUCCACUCCAACCAGCUCUUCCAGGAGUUCCGUAAGUACGACCGCCUCUUCCCUCGCCUGGCCUAUGCUCUGCUGCCUCCCAAGGACAAAAGAGAGGCUGAGAGGCUGAAGAGACACUUCUGGAACGUGCUGUCUGUGAAGAAUGUCUGGCAGAAGGACAAUAUCAGUGGCUGGAUAAGUGAUCAAGAGAAACUUCUGGCAGAAAACGGUGUCCCCGAGUACAUGCGGGAGCGUUUCAUGUUCAUGCUCCUCUGGGCAUCCCAAGGCAACACGGGCCCGACUGCCUUCUGGCUCCUCUUGUAUCUGCUGAAGCAUCCAGAGGCUCUGAAGGCUGUGAGAGGUGAGGUGGAUAAAGUUUUGAAGGAGAGUGGGCAGGAAGUGAAGGCAGGGAGCCCCCCAGUUACUGUCACCAGGGACAUGCUGAACCAGACCCCUCUGCUGGACAGUGCUCUGGAGGAGACCCUGAGGCUGGUGGCAGCCCCAAUACUGGUCAGAGCUGUGCUCGAGGACACCUCCCUGAGGACAAGCACUGGGACAGAGCUCACCCUCCGCAGGGGGGACAGGGUGGCUCUGUUCCCAUACAUCUCCGUGCAGAUGAACCCAGAAAUCCACGAGGAGCCUCACAAAUUUAAGUACGACCGUUUUGUACACCCAGACGGCACCAGGAAAGAUUUCUACAGAAACGGGAAAAAGCUGAAAUUUGUCAGCAUGCCUUGGGGGGCAGGAGUUUCCACCUGUCCCGGCCGCUUCUUUGCUACUGCUGAAAUGAAAUUGUUUGUGUUCUUGAUGCUGAGUCACUUUGACCUGGAGCUGGUUGACGGGGAGGAGGAGAUCCCAGCCAUAGACAUCAGCCGCUGGGGCUUCGGGACCAUGCAGCCUGUCCGCGACGUUCGCUUCAGACACCGGCCACGCUGCUGACCUGGGCACUCCUGGUGGUGUUUGUUCUGCUGUCACCUAUGGGACAAAUUGUCUGAUCUCAUGGUUAUCAGAUCUGUGCAGUGCCAACACUGAUAUGGUCUUGUUUGCUUAAUGUUUGUCAUGGCUUUUGUUGCUACCUCCUCCUCCUUCUUGUGUUGGUGGAGGAGGAGGUAGCAACUGCUUGUUGUGUUGUUUAUGGGACAGAAGAGGGUGAUCUGCUGCUUGUUGUGUUGGUUUUGGGAUAGAAGAGGGUAAUCUGCACAGAGAGACAAAAUGUGCCCUGCCAGGCUACUCCCAGCCCCAUCCUGGGGACUGUCAGCCCACUGAAAGCCAGGAGGAGCACAGGGUCAGAGUGGCAGGUGGGAACUCAAAUUCAGGGCUUCCAAGGAAUAAGGGUUUUGUCCAGGUUCUCCCAGGGCUGCCCCAGCAGAGCAUCAGCCCCAUGGUGCCAGCAUGACUCCCAUGGAGAUGUGUCAUCAGCUCUCUGGAUCAGCACCUGGGAUAAGGGAGAUUGUGUCAAGGCAGGGGAGGUAUCUAUGCUGUGUAGGAAAAGAGCAUUUACAUAAUAGAGUGUUUGGGGGAGGAACCAAAGAGGGAUAAAAGAGGGAUUUGGGUGAUUUAGGGAAGAAAAAUUGAGAUGUAAGGGGAUGAAAAGGGCUGGUUGGGGGCAAAUAGGUGACUGACUGGUCCCUAGACUUGUCUGGUCACACCCUGCACCGGCUAAUUUAUUUUCCACAUGAGGUAUCAUUGGCAGGAUGGCAUCAGCUUGUGGUGAACUCCUGAAAGGUCAGAGAGCAGCAGAUAUCCUCUCCAGAGAUGUAAAAAUGUCCUUGGGGAAAUUUUGUCUUGUUUAUUCUCCCUUGUAUCUGAUGAGGCCUCCAAACAGAGCAACCUCAAUCCCUUAUGAGCUACAGCCACUGUGAUCUUACAGCCCUCAAACAUAUUUUUUAUCUGCUGAAUCAGUGCAGAAUAAAACUUUGCUCUACAA